AUGAAGCUCUGUGAGUGCGCGGCCAACGAUGAUGCUGAAACUGCUUAUCGCGUCUGCGGUAAGGCUGUGCUGGCCCUGCUCAUCAUCAAAUUAUUCCAGGGGGACUCGAUUGCCGCCUCCAAGGUCUACGACGAAGCUGUUCAGUGCGUAUUCUCUUUCCCUUCAUCUUCCGAGAUCAUCCCUUAACGUUUUCAUUGCUUCUCCUGCCUAUUUAUGAAGCUGUUUUUUAUAUCCAUGCAAAUGCAAACCCACAGAGCCAGAAAAUUCUCUCCGAUUCUUUCUAGACGCUAUCGCUUCGGUCAGACAGACGACGCAGGACCUGCAGCCAGCCUUCUUCAGGUCUUUGACAGCAUGGAUGCAGCAGGCGCAGCCAACGUAGUUAAGCUACCCACAUUUAGAGCAAUGGAAAUAGAGGUAAUCCCGCGUGUUGCGCGUUCGACUCACAUUGGUAUUUAUAUUAAUGAAUAGGUCUACUUAUACGAUAUCGGUAGAUGUUUAUUUUAACUUUUUUGUGCUCCAUAGUAUUCGAGGCUGCUGCGAACCAUCAAGUUCCCCUCAGCUGAUUCAUUCGGCGAGUCCAAGGCGCCGAACCCUUCAGCAAAGGAAGACCCGGAAGAGGGCGGUGGAGAUGAGGCAGAAAACCAAGAUAUUUGUUAG